CUACGCAGGGCUGUUCUGCGAAGAGGGACAGUUUUCACACACGACUAGAGUAUUGAAGCUGCACAUGUAAAACAGUGUCCUUGGCGUAUUAGGGAUCUGGAAAAUUUGGCAUUAGGUGAUAACAAGAAAAAGGACAAACGAAAAGAGGUGAAACAGUGAAAAAUAUUUACAACACAGUGCCGUGUGAAGCAGUGGUCAACAAUUUUGCUGCAAAAUGGAUUUGGAGAUCGAUUGCCAGAAGCCCACGUUGGAUUUGGCUAAGAAAUGUCUGAAAAAAGUUCCGAAAAUGGAAGAUGCCCAGCAGUACAAAGUGCUGAUACUGGAUAACAACGAGUUGCAGAAGAUAGAUAAUAUUGAUUCAUAUUUGAACAUCGAAAAGUUAUCACUUUGCAAAAACCAACUUCUACGGAUGUACGGGGUAUGCCGAUUGCAUUGUCUACGGGAACUUAACCUUUCGUACAAUGGAAUCCUCACAAUAGAGGGCUUGAAAGACCUGAGUUAUCUGACACACUUGAAUCUGGAGUGCAACAAUAUCAAAACGAUUGAACAUUUGAACACCAACGUGAACCUUCAGUAUCUUAACCUGUCGGAAAAUAGUAUAACGAGCGUAUCGGAUAUCUCAUUUUUGAAAAAUUUAAAGGAGCUGCUUCUGAACGGAAAUCGUAUCUCACAUUUAAAACAAUGUGAUAAAUACUUACCUCAAUCAUUGGAAACAUUAACGCUAGCGAAAAACAACAUUGCUGAUCUGAAUGAAAUUUGCACCCUAAGUCAUUUAAAUAAUCUCAAUAGCAUCACAAUAGUUGAUAAUCCAUGUGUGCAAAUGUCUGGAAAUGCGGUGGGAUUCGAUUAUCGCCCAUUCGUACUAAACUGGUGUAUGAGUGUGAAGCAUAUCGAUGGCUUCGUCGUCACUGCCAUAGAGAGUCUGAAAGCGGAAUGGCUUUACAGCCAGGGACGUGGUCGUCAGUUUCGAAUAGGAGAACAGACCGCGUUGGCCCGAUAUUUGAGCAGUGUAUGCCCAUUGUCCGGCGAGGCGCUGGAAAACCAAAACGAACGGAAACUUCGGCUUAUCCUGAGCAAAGCACAGCAGCAUCAACGGGCACUUCAGGAGCAAACGUCCCUCGGUGGUGGAGGUGGUGGUGGUGAAGGUGGCAAUCAAUCGGCUAACAAUUCACCCUCUUCCUUACGCCGCAAAGGUCAAGCCACACGGAUUCAGUCACCUCGAGUGUCGCGUCUCAGUGGGCGCCAAAAUUCACCGGAUGCAAUGUCAAACAGUUACCAUGGCAACUUGUCGAACAAUUCAAUGUCAUCGGGGCACAGCGAGAGUAGCUCUGGUGGUUCACAAUUGUUUGAGUUAACUCGAUCGCUGAUCGACAACAUUACGUCGGACAGCAACAUUAUGUCGCAAAGCUUGGAUCCAACCAUGUUGGCCAAUAGCAACGGCAGUGCAAUGCCCACGGCGGCUGGUGCGGGAAGUGGUGUACCGAAUGUAAUGCAUGAAAGCAUUGUGUUAAGCAAACAGCUGCCACCGAUAACGAAUCAAUCGCACAGUGGACUUUACAACGAUCAACCAACAUCGUCGCCUAUUGUGAUGAGUGGUGGACCACUGACGGUUGCAUCGAAGAUGGUUCCGGUACCAGAGUCUUUGAUGAGUCCGGACUGCGGUCCCACCACAACUACUGCAGCCAGUAUCGUGCACCGAAAUAUGCAACAUUGCAACCAGCAACCUCAACCGCAAACCCCGCAGAUACCAAAGGCUAUCAAAACCAAAGACACGAAUCGUUCUACAAACCAAACCAGUGGAGGAAUUCCUGUUGCCUACUCGGCAACAAAGAGUGGCAGUCCGCGGGCAUCGAAACGCACCAAUAGCAGUGAACGUUCAUCGCCAUCCCUCUCGCCAAGAAAGACUCUCAACAAUCAUAGUGGUAAUGGCAGCAACAGCCAUUCCAGACCCGUGUCCGCACAGUCGAAGCAUUCCGCGCACGUCGCAACAGCAACGCCAUCGGAAGGAGGUUCCAGCAAUGCCGUAAGCUCGGACGACGACAGUGAGGCGAUCAACAUUGACAAACUUCGUACUAUCCGGCACAAGGCGGCACAGCAAACUCAACAGCACCACCAGCACCAGGCACAGUUCGCUAGCGUGGUGGUGGCUAAAAUAAAGGAGAAAGAAUCCACCGCCCAACACUGCACAACGGACGCAGUGGGUGAUAAUAAGGCGACGGAAAAUUCCGCCAUCAUCAUACAGAAACUUUGGCGCGGUCACAUUGCACGAAAGCGGACACGUGAUCUAGUGGAAAAGCUCUUCCACAAACGUACGAACGAUCACAUUUUACAGCUGACGAAGGAUAUGCAGGUUACGAAGCAGCAGUUGGAGUCCGGUCGCAAAAUACAGCAGCUGCAAAUGAAGGCUUUGCGGCAGCUGUGGCGGAAGGUGUCAACAAUGAACCCAUCAGGACAAGCGCCCGCCAACGGUGGCAGCUCGACGGGUCAGCUACAGCAGCAGCAGCAACCUUCCCUGCCGGAAGAGGAAGAGGAGGAAGAAUGUGCACCGUUGGGGGUGGCUGGUGAAACCGUGGACAAUACGAACACCCUGCAGGAUCUCUCCAAAUCAUGCUCGAUGCUGAUGAACCAAGUGCAGCAGUUGCAGGGGGCGGUGCGGGAUAUCGUCAGUUGUAUGCAGUUCCUGGUGCACGUACCGCAAGCGGCCAACAACAUGCCCCCGAAUUGUCACGCUACGGCCACAUCUACGCAGUGCGAUAGUGAAACGCAAACGGAAAUUGUGGCCGUGAAUACACCGCAGACCGAGCAGCUGUUAGAACCCUUCCCUUUUGGUAAGACGGCCGGGGGAUUAACGGGCAGUUCGUCCACCAGUAAACUUGCCCGACCGUCGACGCUGCCAAUCAGUUCUUCGGAAACAUCACCAAAGCUAGCCGUGGCACAAGAAAGUAAAGGCAGUGUAGAGGAAAGCCCUCUGGUGCCAAGGAUGCAGGAAGCGGAUCGUGGAAAUGAGGAGGAAAACGACGAUGGCGAACAGAAGGAACGGGAUGAAAAAGAGACGGAUGAAGUGUUGCAAACGGCAACGCAUUCCGCAGACGCUACAUCCGCCGAACGACAGUAAGUUGCAUCUUUUGUCCUCGAAUGUGGUGGCUGUACAUUUUUUUUGUGAAGGUUGGUGACAGGCUUCAGUUGCAUUUGUUGAUUAUUUCUAAGCUAUUUAUCUCUACGGCGGCGAAUAUUAAAUUCUGCUCUUAUACUAACUCUGAUAUAACUAGCUGCAGAAGAGGGCUUUUAAUACAAUCAUUCCAUCAUGUGUGAUUUAAUAAUUUGGUUUCAUUGGUAGUGACAAUUUAUAACACACCCUUAGCAAGAUAACGUUGAGGUACAUUCCCAGCUCAAAUGGCCAUGUGUACAUUUUGCAUUCUGAACAAACAGCAUGUUCGUUUGUAGCUGGUUUGUAAAAAAAAACGAAACGAAACGAUGACCACCGCGCGCUGAAUGGCCAACAAUAAUUUGCCACUCGAUUUGGUCUGAUCGAUGAUGUUGGUGAUGAUGAACUAAACUAUCUUUACAUUUUAAGUCCCAGUUCCAUACACUACAAGUGCCUGCAUUCUACUUAGUUGCUUGAAAAUAAGAACGACACGAAGCGAAUGGAGUUCGUAGGUGGUCGCGCGUGAGGCAGGAGGUGAGCCCAUUUGUCGCUCUAAUUAGCACUUAAUUUUUAACCUACCGGUAUUAGCAGAAUCAGACGACGAUCAAAAGAUAGAUGGUUCUCUCGAUGGUUCAAUAGUUAUUCAAAGCCGAUCCUCACGAGUUGAUGUAGAUCGUUAUUGCUGCAAUAGCACUACAUUUAUAACCAGGUCUGCCCUUUUUCACAUAGUAAAAAGCGCGUGCAAAACGCCUGUAGGUGAAAGUUUUUAAUAUAACCAAUGAUCGCUACGGGAUCGUUCUA